GAAAUUCUCAGAACGGAGAUGGCGAUGACUGCAGAUCAGCUCACCAAAGAAGUCGCAGAGGCAAUGAAGGUGCCCUUCUGCAAACUGAUCUCAUCCGAUGGUGAGGAAAUUUCGGGGGACGCCGCGGUGAGUUUCGAUGAAGUCACUGCAGUGGCUGUGUCCUUGGAUCCCUUGCUGCAGAUGUUGGGCUUCGAUGAAAGCAUCGAGGCCGCCACGGUGCCACGAGAGGACUUGGAGAAGAUGGUGCUGUUUGGCCGUUGCUUGCUGUCAACUGCCUGCCAUCACGGUGGUCCGGGACAUUUGGAAGGAUGGUUGCGUGUGCCCUGGAAUUGCUCCAUCCCGAGCCCCCCCUGCUUCAAAAGCAAAAAGUAUCUGGAAGUGACGCACAAGCAGCCCCUGUUGCCGGCGGGCACGCGGGUGACGUUGCGGAAAGCACCAAACACCUUGGGACACGUGGAGGAAGGCAGCCGGGUGUUGACCUCGCCCAUGUUGCUGAAGGACCUGAAAAUGAUCCGCGACGCGGCUCCGCUCCAGCGAGAGGAGAAGGUCGAGCUCUUACGGCUCCCCGAAGCGCGAGAGAUGGAAGCGGAUUCCGUGUACCGCACAGUGCGUGUGGCCAAAUAUGAGCCUGGAGACGUUCAACUGGAAGUUGGACAUAAGUUUUGGAGAGACGAUGACGAUUAUUGA